AUGAAUGGCCCAAACUGGAAUAUGGUUUCAAACGGGGUAUUCAUUCCGUGUCGACAGAAUUGGUUGGCGUCUCUACUAAUGACCAGCAAUUUUGAUAUUUCACUGCCCGACAGAUUUCCAGUAAGGUAUAUAUCAUCGGACUAUCAACUGUUUAUGUUGGCACCCCUUAGUUGCCGGCAGGUGAUGAUGCCUGACUCGCAUUUGGUUAGCUAUGCAAUCGGUAUGCUUACCGGUUAUGUGAUCCGCUAUAAGCCUAACCUUUAUUUUGGGGGUCGAGUCGGAGAGACUAUUUUAUGGAUCACAUGUACCACAAGUAGUUUCGCAGCAAUAUAUUGGAUCAACCAUUUCUAUGAUAUUUACUACCCGUUGACCACAACUGAAACGUUACUAAUGAUGGCCUUUUCUAAACCCCUGUAUCUAUUGGGUUGGGUCUGGCUUUUCUAUGCCUGCUCCACAGGAAGGGGAGUUGCAUACUAUGGUAAUAUUCUAUCGGGUAGUAGAGACGCCAACCAAUUCUGUCGACACGGAAUGAAUAACCCGUUUGAAACCAUAUUCCAGUUUGGGCCUGUUGACAACAACACCAACAAUGAUAAUACAGCGAAUAUCCAUCUGAUCAUAUAA